UUCACCUUUAAUAGUUACCACAAAUUGUUAAAAUGUUUCUGCUGAGAGGUUUGAGGAAAUUUAAGUGGAUUAUCGAAAAAAGUAUGUGCUAUACAUUAGUAUUCGUUAUAACUCCCUAUUUUUUUAUCUUCGAGAUGGUCGUUGUGAGACCCAUUAUAGUGACGACGUACGAAUUCAGUACAAUGAAGCACGCAUUCCAUAUAUUAUUAUCUAUGUUUUUCUUCAUUAAUAUCGUUGGCAAUAUGAUUUUGGGCAUCUUUACUGACACGACCAUAAAAAUGAGAGCUCGGUCGCAUAAUUGCGAGGAGUUCUGCGAAUCUUGCCAAAUGUAUCGACCAGCGAAGGCCUGGCAUUGUAAAAAAUGCAACGCAUGCAUUCUCAAGCGCGACCAUCACUGCUUCUUUUUUUCACGCUGCAUUGGAUUACGGAACCAGCGAUACUAUGUCACGUACCUUACAUACAUAUUCAUAUCAAUGGUGUAUUCGACUUACUUCAAUUUUUAUUACGUUGUGUCUAAAUACGAUGAAUAUGAGAUAUAUGUAUCAGUUUGCCGAAUCGUAAAUCCAUUUCUACGUUAUUUGAUACCAGAGCCGAUGGGUAUGAAGGAUUUGUACGUUUUCUUUCUGUUUCUCAAUGUCGGUCUUGUUAUAUGGUCUGGAGGACUGUUUGUUUUUCACACCAGAAAUGUGUUAAGAGGUGAAACAUCCCACGAAUACAAGGAAAAUACAAGGAGUACUUUUAGGAACAAUUUGUCGGCGAUGAAGAGGAAUUUUAUCAAUGUGUUUGGAGAAAAGUGGUAUAUCGCCUUAGUGUGGCCGCUGGCAAAUAGCCCUUUACCAGAAACUACUGAAGAUCGAGGAGAUGAGUAUUGAAAUAAGUGAAAAAUAAAACAUUGUAUAUUUUGUUUUUAAAUACAUUAUUAACAUAUGAA